GUUCCUUGUAGCCGUGUCCGUGACUUGACUGGGGGCGGGUAGAAGAAGGCCAGGCCACACUGUCUCCUCCCAAACGCGUGGCUGUUCCAAGUCAAGCUGAUCGGUCAACUGGGACGUACGCCACCCCUGUCCGGUGGCGAUGGCCGGCUUCUCGACGAUCACCGGCCUCUUCUUCCUCUCGGUCUGCUGCUACCUCCCCGUCGCCGCCGCCUUGGUGUUCAACUACUCCUCCUUCAGCACCAGUGACUACGACAGGGGAAUCAAAGUCGAAGGCGACGCCAGGAUCAAUGACUCCGGCGGCUGGAUCGAGGUGACCGGGCGCGAGGAGUCGAGGAUCGGCGACAGUAGGGGCCGCGCGUCCUACAGCGCCCAGCCGGUGCUCCUCUGGGACGGAGACACCGGCGAGGUGGCCAGCUUCACCACGCGCUUCUCCUUGGUCAUCGACCCACAGGAGCGGUACGGCGGCAUCAACAACAAGGGCGCCGGCAUGGCCUUCUUCCUCGCCGCCGGCUACCCAUCCAGCAUGCCGCCGGAUUCCGCGGCCUACGACAUCGGCCUGACCAACCAGGACGCCGGCGCAGUGGCCACCGGCGACGGCCGCUUCGUGGCGGUGGAGUUCGACACCUUCAACGACACCAUUGCUCUCGACCCCAACACCACCUACGACCACGUCGGCAUCGAUGUCAAUUCCAUCAGGUCGGUGGCCACGACGGUCCUGCCGAGCUUCAGCCUCGUCGGGAACAUGACCGCCGAGAUCAAGUACGAUAACAUCUCCAGCAUCCUGGAGCUGACGCUAUGGCUGGCCAGUGGAACGACGCCUUACAAGCUUAGCCACAAGGUUGACCUCAGGAGCGCGUUGCCGGAGAGCGUCUCCGUCGGCUUCUCCGGCUCGACUUCGACAUCCGUCGAGCUGCAUCAGGUGCAUUCUUGGUACUUCAACUCGUCGCUGGAACCCAAGGCCGCACCUAUACCAGCUCCGCGGCCGCCGCUUACGCCACCGACGACCCCGAGCACAUCAGGUUCCGGGCGCGGCGGAGCAAUAGCGGGAGCCACCGCCGGCGCAGCGCUGUUCCUCGUGCUUCUCUUCGCUACGGCAGCUCUCCUCGCGCGGCGGCGGCGGAGCAAGCGGAGAAGGGAGCUGGCACAAGAGUUGGAGGAGGUAGGCGGCUGCGACGACGGCGACGAUCCGAUCAUGGAGAUCGAAAUGGGGACGGGGCCGAGGCGGUUCCCGUACCACGAGCUCGUCGCCGCGACCAAGGGCUUCGCGCCGGAGGAGAAGCUCGGGCAAGGCGGUUUCGGCUCCGUGUACCGGGGACACCUGAGGGAGCACGGCCUCGCUGCCGUGGCCAUAAAGAGGUUCGCCAAGGGAUCCUCCAUGCAAGGGAGGAAGGAGUACAAGUCGGAGAUCAAGGUGAUAAGCCGGCUCCGCCAUCGGAACCUCGUGCAGCUCGUCGGCUGGUGCCACGGCCGCGACGAGCUCCUCCUCGUCUACGAGCUCGUGCCCAACCGCAGCCUCGACGUCCAUCUCCACGGCGACGGCGGCGUCUUCUUGACAUGGCCGAUGAGGAUCAAGAUUGUUCUUGGGAUUGGAUCCGCGCUGCUCUACCUCCACGAGGAGUGGGAGCAAUGCGUCGUGCACCGCGACGUGAAGCCCAGCAACGUGAUGCUGGACGAGUCCUUCGGCGCCAAGCUCGGCGACUUCGGGCUUGCGAGGUUCAUCGACCACGCCGCCGGGAUGCAGACGAUGACCGCCGUCUCUGGCACGCCGGGCUACGUGGACCCCGAGAGCCUGAUCACCGGCAAGGCGAGCGCCGAGUCCGACGUCUACAGCUUCGGCGUCGUCGUGCUGGAGGUCACGUGCGGGCGGAGGCCGAUGAGCUUGAUGCAGGGCGGCGCCGGCCAGAAGAACGCCGCCGUCUUCCGUCUCGUCGAGUGGGCCUGGGACCUGCACGGCCGGGGCACCACCCUCGCGGCCGCCGACGAGCGGCUCAAUGGCGAGUACGACGCGGCGGAGGUGGAGCGCGCCGUGGCCGUCGGGCUCUGGUGCGCGCACCCGGACCCGCGCGCGCGGCCGUCCAUCAGGGCGGCCAUGGCCGCUCUCCAGUCCAGCGGCGGCCCGCUACCGGCGCUGCCUGCCAAGAUGCCCGUGCCGACGUACGCGGCGCCGGUGACCUCGCCAGAGGGCCUCUUCUCGCACAGCGCCGCGUCCUCAUCAGCGGCGACGUCCUCCAGUUUGACUCAGCCGUCGACGACGACGACUCACACGUCCUGCACUGUGUCGGACACGUCGACCAGUUCAACUGGUUUGAAGGAUUCGUCUUCGCUACUCAAACAUCAGUACUAGUCUAAGUCUAGAGCCUAGGUGGGAGUGUCUCCCCAUCAAUCGACCAGUUCAAUCAUCUCCUCCAGCCAUUGGAUAGUGACAAUGACUUAAAGCUUUAGAGGCCAGCUUUAUGGUUGCAUCAGCAAAUGCGAGCUGAAACGAGCAUUAAGUGUAUUACCUUCAAGGCAGCGUCUUUGGUUGCAUGCAGUAAUUUAACUA